AUGCACAGAGGUGAGUUGUGCACGAGCUGCCCGAUCAUCCGUGAUGCGCGUAACGGUCCAACGCCUUGGCCAGAGAGAAUCGACAGUUUAUUUUAAGCUUGGAUUUCAUGCAUUUAUCUCCUUUUUUCUCCCUCAAACGCAUUAGAUUUUUUAAUUUGCAGCUUGUUCGGAUUAAAAUGCAUCUAGCAAGUAUAGUUUCAAACAAUAAAUGAUUAAGAAAAACCAAAUAUCUUCCUGAUAUAAACUGAUUUUUCUUGAGACUCUUGAGAAAAUGCCAAGUAACAGGUACACGCCAAAUCUGCACAUUACUGUCUUCGUCUCUUUUUCUUUACCGUUUAUUUGUCUUCCGCAUAAACUUGGUCCCUUGUGACUGCUAAUGGGGGAUACUCGUUUUUAUUACCUAAUUUACUGAUAGACACAAGGUUUACGAUUCAUCUGCAGCAUCUUGCAGCCCAUUCCUAAUUUCUUGAGAUUCAGCAAAACUGAAUGAACCCGGGCAGGUUUUCUGAGUUUAAACUGUGAUUCGUGCUGACCAGAGCCCACUGGAACUGAAGUACACUAAACCAGCCUAAUCAGUUGCGUAUCGUGAUAGUUUUUUUAUCUAUUUAUUUUUUUACAUUUUAGGAAUUAUUUUCACUGUCGUGCCAAUCUCUGGAGCGAACCACAGAGGCUUUACUGUGUGCUGCCUGUUGUGGCUCUGUAAGGAGUGCCUCUUCACACCAGUCUACAGUACGUGAGAGUAAUAUAAUGGUGAUUCGUGAUUAAAAUAGACAGCAAAGGUCAUAUACUGUUUAAAAUCGAUACAAGUGCAAUGAUACACUCAGGGAGCAUUACCUGCUUUCAAUAUCCCACUGUAACACGACAGCUUCAACGUCUCAAUGUUACCUACUGAUAUCCUCUCACCAAGUCCAAAAAAUGCGCGUUUUUGAGGCUCUCGGUUUUUCCUUUACAGUAUUUUUUUUUUUUUUUUUUUUUUUUUUUUUUUUUUUUUGUUUAUUUGUUUUUUGAAACAUAGCAGUUUCCGGACACCUGCAGUAAGCUCAUUUCAGUUCCAUUGUUAGUUAGGCGGGCACUCUUAAAUUCACUGGCACACACUCACGUCCGUAAUCCUGCGCACGCGGCAGCUUGUGCUCGUGCUUCUGCUCCAGUGACUCCUGCUCCAGCCACUGUCUCGCGCUAUCAACACCUGAGGCGCGCACCGCAGCACGCGGCUGCAACACGUCCAGAAGAGCUCAGUGUAGCGUGUGACCUGCUCGUGUGUGUGUGUGUGUGUGUGUGUGUGUGUGUGUGUGUGUGUGUGUGUGUGUGUGUGUGUGUGUGUGUGACAGUCCCCGAAUUGGAUGACCUGUCCCCGGCAAAAACUGUCCCCGAAAAUGUCCCCGAUUUAAGCGUUUCAUGAAUGAGAAUAAAAACGUUGCGUGUGGGCUCGAACAACGGUUAUUACAGUAGCCGAAUGGGAAGGAAGCACAAGUUAGCAGUCCUGAACAACAGUAUUGACGGGGGUUAUUACAAGGGGCGUGCGCUGCUACUAAAUAGUACUGAGAUGUUGUCUGUGAUCACGCCGCCGCACCAAAUGUCCUCGGAUUUCAUUACGGAAAUCUGGUCACCUUAGUGUGUGUGUGUGUGUCUGUGUGUGUGUGUGUGUGUGUGUGUGUCCGCUUUAUGGAUGAAUCUCUGUGGUUAAAGAGGUGAAUAUUCGUGCACAGUUAGCAACUGAUGAACUACUGCAGAGUUAGCAGUUGAUUAAUAGUCACUUUAGCCUAAUAUAAGGUGUAAUUACCUCUGAAGUGGACACAGGUCUAGCUAACCUUAAGUUAGUUACUUAUCACACAUGCCAUCAGGUUCUGUUUCCACAGUAAACCAUGACACUAAAGGUAAACUAUUUUGAUUUAAUUUUUUUAUUUGCUUCAAAAAUGGCUCUCUGCUGGAUUUGUCAUUUUUUAAAAGACAUUUUUUCAAUUUUAGGUUGCUAGUUUACCUGUCGUUGAAGACGAUUAUUGCGAACGUCCUUUAGCCAAUGUAAAAUUGAGGGGGCAGUACAACACUCAGCCAAACAAACAAAACAAAAAAACCCACACAUUAUAAGCUUUUAUACUAUUUCUAAUCCCCCUUUAAUCCAGUGUUACAGAAGGCUGUGGACACGACCUCUGCAUUUUCAGUGUUGUCUAGCCAGUUUCCAGAGGAAAAGCAGCUUCCCUUGGCUCCUAAGCUGAAGUGAGAAGUGAUGUAAAAACGAAAUGACAUGACCUAGAAUCGCAGGGUUGAACCCGGGGUAAUUUCUCCUCCCGCUCUUUAAAACAAGCAGAGAGGUCCGAUGACACUUGUGUUGGUGGGAUUUGUCUGGAUGCCUUCAACUGUCUGUAUUAUUUCUGCUCAUGAAUGAGUAUGCUCUAUGUUUGCAUGCCUUUUAAUAGAGUUGGCAAAAUGUGAUGAUUAAGGGAAUGAUGACAGUAAGAGAUUGCCUCUGAAUGCAACCUAAUUCAAUGCAAACAGCUCUAUUACAUGGACUUCUGAUCCUUUUUUAUGUCUGAUAAUGAUUUUACCCUCUGUAUUUAUUUGUCAGCCUGCUGAAGACCACUGUUUGUGUCAGAUUUCAGCCGAUGUUUAAACGUUGGUGCUGAAUUAAUUGUUGUCUAAGUGAGGAUGUUAUUUACUUCUGUUAUUUAUGUAAAAGCUACUCCCAAAAUUUCUCCUUGAGGCAAUAUUAACGUUGAGACUGAAUUAAAGCUGCUGUUAGGAGCUUUUGCUUUGUGCUGUCUUUGUCGCCUCCCUGUGGGCAAAAGUAGCACUGUAUGGCUUUUUUUUUCUAGGUAAUAUGUUAUGACUAAAAUUUCAUCCUGCUUUCUUUGAACUGUCAAAUAAGAGACUCAUUGUAGAUGUUUUCUGUUGAUAGGUCAUGCCAUCCACCAUCUGGUCUGAAACCUGCCUCCUUACAGAGGUGUCAAGCAUAAAGAGCUACAACACAGAAAUAAUCAGCCUUAAUGCUGAUGAUCCUAAUGAUUUGAGUCUUUUAUGACUAGUCGAAAACUCACCGGAGUGGCUUCAAACGGAAUUGAAUUGAGAUAUUUGAGUUAAAAGAAAGGGUUUAGAGUAAUAUAAUAGACACAAAAGCAAGAACCUGAAAAUUUGAAUUGAUACUCCUGAAAAAGUUUGAAGCCAGUGAGUCGGUGUAAGGCAGUGUCAUUAACUGAAGACUGAAAAGAAAGCCCUUUUUUCAAAAUUUUCUAUCCUGGUCCUAACCGUGAGGGGUUCACCGCUGAAGCGGGGUGAGAUUUUUGUCUCCAGACACAUUUACAGGAAGUAAAGUUCCUGAAGGAGUUGUAAAAGUUCGGCCGCUUUUAGCAGAUCAGACUUUGCAGAAGUGAAAUACAAUAUUCAUGUAGUAAAAUAGUACAACUGUAAGUGUCUUGCUUUUUUAAACUUGGAAUGAGAAUUCUAUGACUACAUGCAGUGUCACAGCUACCCUUUGUCGGAGGGGUAUGCAGAAACAACCUUUUUUAGGGGGGUGGAAUCUCACAACUACUGGAAAGGAUAAUGGUGAUAUCAGCCUUGCUAUGAUGCAGAUUAUAUCAGAAAUACCAAUAAUCGGUCAUUCAUAAAUCAGAUUAUACUUGUCAUGCCUCAGCUUCUUGUCCUCCAAAGCUACCAUUGCUUCAUACAUGGGACCUGAAAAACUAAACAAUACCAUCAAUUGCAAGAUUUGUAGAAGUAAUCACGAAAUAUUACCAUUUGUAGCUAUACAUUGAAGCUAUAUUUUACUUUUAAUUCUGCUUUUAUUUUAUCCAUUGUUUUAAUCGUUUCUUGAUUGUUUUUAUCUUGUCUAGUUAUGUACAGCACUUUGUUCAGCUGUGGUUGUUUUAAAGUGCUCUACAAAUAAAGCUGAGUUGAGUUGAGUUGAGAAUUUGUAAAUCAGUUGUUAAUAUGUAUGGUUACUGAGUGUUUAUACUUUACUUUCCAUCCAUGUCUGUGAAGUUUUAUGAUUUAUUUCUGAUUUCUAAGGGUUUGUAACGUUGUACAAAUCUGUCAUGAAAGCAACACUCCUCUACUGUACCCCGUUUCUCUUCUUUUAAAAGCACUUGUUACCUGUUAUUGUAGUUUCUGUUCUUCCUGAAUACUUUCAAUCACCUUAUUUAGACACAUAUACAGUUUCUAUUCUUGGUGCCGUUGAGAGAAUAGCUGAACUUUUAUGAUGUGAGAAAAGGUGUUGCAAAUGUCUGCAUAAAUUAGGGAGCAACUGCAGCCAAAAAUGUUUCUUUCAGAGUCUUCCUCUGUAUAGUAUUUCAAACCUAAAGUCCUGAAGAGAUGACAUGUUUUUGCUUUCUUUUAGAUUUAAUGAUGGACUUACAAUGAAAAAAGCUUCAGCCAGAGCCCAAAGCUUGUUCUGUUAGUUGUUUCUUUGAGUUUGGGUGGUCUGUUCUCCAAAUGUGCCUGUGGUAGUUGGUACAAACAUACUUCAUCACAAGAUAAUGGAGAUAGGAGUAAUAAUGAUGCCACAGCCUGAGGGGCCCAGUGUGUGUGUGUGUGUGUGUGUGUGUGUGUGUGUGUGUGUGUGUGUGUGUGUGUGUGUGUGUGUGUGUGUGUGUGUGCAAGCACGUAAAAUAAGUCCAUUUAAGCCUGCAUGCUCAUUGGUGCCAAUGUUCACCAUGCAAUUCUCUCCCUCCCUCUCUGUCUUAUCCUUCGUUUAUGCAACAUGCCAGCCUCAUGCCCGCUUUAUAAUGCGAUGUGAGCGGGCCAACCUAUUAUAAACUCAGCAGGGAUCAGGUCUACAGGGGCUUAUCAGAGUGAGGCAGUGUCAGGAGCUGUAACAUGUUUGCCUUUAGUGCAGAUAUCAUUGUAAUGCAACAUAUUUCAGCCAUUGUCAGCAACCAUGUUCUGCCUAUACGCCUGUCUUCUCAUCAACCCAGUAAGCUUUGGAGCCUGUAAUCCUGUUUUUUCUCUGAAUGCUUUAUGUUUCUGCUGCCUCUGGGCUCUGCAGAUUAGCAGGUCUGAGUCUUGUAGUUUGAGUGAUCGUUAAUGGUUUGAAACUAUCUUUAACAAACCUCUGCAUGCACUCAGUGAAAGAGAAUACUAAGGCUGAUACUGAUUCUGAUAGUAAAACUCACAAUUAAGCUCAUAGCCAAAACCAAUAGUUUACUUUGCUGUUAUUAAACCUCCCACCUGGGCCAUGGUCCAAUAAAUCUUCAUUGCAGAGCCAUUAGAGGACAUUGUAAAAGUGAUUCAAGCCUAAUUGUGCAAUGUAAGAGUGGGAAAAAUUUAAAUCAAAUUAAAUGUUCAGAAUAACCUUUACCUUAACUGCAUUCCACUUGAAAAAUAUUCUUUAAUUUUGAAAAAUAUAACAGCUCAUGGGCCUCUUUAGCAAUCUUACCAUCACAAACUUAGCAAGACAUUUUCAGUGCCUACACAGUCAAACUAAAGCCUUAUUUUUUUCUUCCCCUUCUGUUAUCUAACUUAGGCAACACAAUAGAUACAGUAUACCCAAUGUCAACAACUGCAGUCAGUAAAAAACUAAAAUAUUUGCCAAUGGGCUGAUGUCCCUCAACAACAGGACCAUUUCCUUCAACUGUAUAAAAAAGGCCUAGUCUAGUUUCUGAAGCUAAGCUUUGAAGCCUACGGCUGGUAUUUACCUUAUUGGAAAUGUUGACUCAACCUGAUUUUUGUUUAACUUAACAGCAAGCAAUCAACUGGCCCCCUAGACACUCAGCUAAAAGCUACAGCAGACUGUCAAGUCUGCCACACCCCUUUUUAUGCCAAAAUUUUCACCCUCAUGUCUUCAAAACCAGUGGACCCCAAAAAUGUACCUCAUUGUGGACUGUACAGACGGAUAAAUUCAGACCUAAAAAAGUUUUGAAUGAGUGUGUAUGUGCCUUCCAGUGCUUUUGCAGCCAGCCUCAAGUGGACACUUGAGAAACUGCAGUUUUUAACACCUCUGAAUUUGCACAAUUUUUAAAAGACAGGAGGUUGCCACUUGGAUAUCAGCUGAUAUUAAUACAAGAUAAUUUAUUAGUGAAACCCAAACUCUUACUGUUAAUAAUAGCUGUCUUGUGAGGAAAUAGUAGAGCUAGACUGUUGUACCUUUCAUACUCUUAGUAGCUUCAAUAAUCCAGCUUUAUCUGCCACUGACUGAUUCUUGCACUAUUGCUUAUUUUAAUGUCCCCCUAAAUGUCACUUUUCAUUUGUCUGUAAGACUAGCUGGACAUUAAUCUGCAUUUUAAUCAAGUGUAAGGUCUAUUCAGUGCAGAGAUGAAACUAGAAUGAAUAUUUUGUCAACAAAAAAGGGUGCCAGUUUUGUAAUUGAUUAUUGAUUGAGAAACAAAUUUCUGAGAAACUCUGUUUUUAUUAAUGAUGUUAGGUCAUUUAUUUUAAAAGUUAUAAAGGUUAUGUUUGUUGAAAUUCUCUCAACAUUUGGCAGCUAUCAAUAAUCCAAAUGCUCUGAUAUUAAAUUAAGCAGGUUAAAGCUUCACAUAAAGCGUAGCUGUCUAUCUCAGCUGUCUGUGCUUGAGGUUUUCACAAGAGAAAGGGGAUUUGAUAAAAAAUGUUGAUGACAGUGAUUUGCAGCUCUCAUUAUGCUCUCAACACUGAUAGACUUGUCCCUUACUGAGCAGCAGGUGCAUAGAUGUGUUUUCUUUAUUGGCCUUGGCUAUUGGACAUUUAAUGAUAAAAUACUGACAAAAUCUAGUUUUCUCUUGCUUCUGUCUUCAAAAAGUCAACCCCAGCCUUAAUCAAGAUAACUCUCUGCUUUCGUUGCUCAAAAGCAGAAAUUUCUGUCUGUAAAAAAUCCCAAUGAAGCUGUUGAUAAAAUGAAGAAUUUUGGCCAAUUCUUUGCAAAUAUUGUUACAAUUUAUAAAAUGUCAAAAGGAUUCAAGGAUAUUUAGAAUUUAAUAGUUCUUGUUCAGUGUAAUGACUGCUGGACAACAAAGACAAAACUCAAGGUGACCUCACAGUUCUCCUGUUCCUGUCCCUCCUGAAUGUAUCUGUCUUUUUUAUGUUUCUUAUGUUUCCCCCCUGUGGGACUAAGAAAGGAAUAUCUUAUCUUAUAAAUAUUGGUUUAUUCAAAUAAAUGUGGUCUGAGAGUUUGCAUUGACUUUGAUGAUUGUACAGUAAAAUUGCUAAAGAGUGCACUGAUAAAAACUCACGGUGCUUAAUUGGAACCCAUCCUUUUCUCAGUGGGCUGAAAGUAUAAAAUGUUGUCUUCAGACCAACCCUUGAGUUGUAAGUAUUUCUUUCAGCCUUGUACCUCCUUCACUCCUAAGAUGAUUCACCAGUAAGUUUGCCUGAAAUAUUUUCUGCAUCAUCAUUGCCAUCCCAACUGAUUCAAACUGCUGAUAUGAAAUGGUUAUAUCAUGAAAUGCACUUGUUUUAGGGAAACUUGCACACACUGACGUCAACCUUCCUUUGAUUUGGCUCAGUGGAAAGCAAAUCUGAUUGCUCACGUGUUUAAUCUGAAACUGUUAAGUGAAGACGUUUUCUCCCUUGUCAAACACAGAAAACGUGAACAAAAACGUGUGUUUCAUUAGCAGUGACUAAUGUGUUGUAUCUCUGUAUCUGUUUUUCAGUGUGGAUACUCUUCUUUCUAAUAGAAGAGGGUUUCGCUCUGGCACAGAGAAGUAAAGGUAAGCAGCCACUCUCCUCUAAUGCUUUUCACUAAUACUGCCAGCCUGAAAAUAGGGGGUUAUUGUCAUGACUUGUAACACAGAGUAAAAGGGUUUAUUUUCGUAAUUUCAUCGUGCCUCUUCUCCCUCUUUAUUGCCUGUCUGCUUUCCCCCCAUGCCAGUCCUCCCCUAUUUCCUCCCUCCUCUCCCUGCCUUCCAAUCGUUCCCUCAUUGAUCCCCGACUCAAUAACCCAUCUGUUCAUUUGUUCUCUGCCUCUCUGCUUUAAGAUAUCCCAGCCGAGCAUGGUGCCCAGAGCCCCAAUCAGAACGACUGUGGCACAUGGGUCCGCAACAUCAAUGGCGGCGUGUUCACUUCACCAAACUACCCGAACACGUAUCCUCCCAACAAGGAGUGUGUGUACAUCCUGGAAGGUAACGCAGACUCCUUCGUCUUGUGUUGACAGAACAGCUGACAGUUUCCCUCCUCUCAGCAUAUUGCCUCUUUCACUGAACGUUAUUAGUCUGACUGACAUUGCUUUAUAUAACCUCACCCCUAUCUGAUUUUCUGCUCCUUUGCUGGCGGGCAAUCAGCCUGACAUUUUCCGAAUGAGCCAUCCUCUGGAGUUUGUUUCACCCCACAGAUAUAGGCUGUUAAAAUUGAUGAGGAGUGGCGCAUCGUUGUGGGUAUCCCCUAUCUUCUACCCUAAUCAGAAGAGUGCUGUGUUCAUCUAUAUCGGCAGGGAGUGUCAGAAGACUCCUGCUAUUAGAUGAAACAUAAAAGAGAUGAACAUCUGCUGCACAACUGAGCUUUGGGGUAACGUCACUGAAAUGUGAGCGUCCUUGUCAACACUUGAAUGUUGAGCAGAAACAUGACUUUCAUCAGCAUUUUAUAAGGGACUCUGGGAAAGCAGCUGAUAUGUUGUCAAACUAAAUUGAUGAACUGUUUGCCCGUGAAGUUGAAGCACACCCUCUCAUGCAGAUGAGAUGUAUGCUCUGUUUCUGUAUUGCAGCGGUAAGGAAAUAGAAUUUACACACAGCUCAAGGGCUCCCCCUGUGGAAAAAUUAGGUGUAGACUCACUAUUGAUGAAUUAACUGUAACUCCACUACAGACAACAAACUGGUGUGUGCAGAAGGGAGAGUCAAGAGCACACAGUCUUGACUGAACCGGCAGCCUGAUGUAUUGAAAGAGCACCUGACCAUGGCCCAAACAAAGACCCAGAGGCAUCUUUCCUCAUCACUUACCAAAUGAAGUCUUUAGUGAGGUAAAAGUAAAAAUCUGCACUCUCUGAAAUGAACUCAUAGAUUUAAAGGAAAAAGCUUUCCUGUGGAGCACAUCUUUGCAGGCUGUGUUUCUACAAAGCUGCAAAAACCUCAGGUCAUUAUUGAUGUUAAAGUACUUACCUCUAUUGAAAUGACAAAAAUAUUCUUAAAAUAACAAUAAUUAGCUGUGCUACAAUGUUCAAACCAGUGGAAGGGAAGUAUCUUGCUGCUCUGAAUCUGCUCCAGCAUCCUCGACUAUCGUGGCUGCUCCACUUUCAUCCAUGUUGGUCGAAGAUAUCACAUUUACUCGCCAAGUUUCCUUCCCUUUUCAGUUUUGACCUGACACAUCUUUUACAGUUUUUUAGGAGAUGCAUGCUGUUGAGCAAAGUGCCCAGAGCCCACGCUCUCUCAACCCUGUCUGUCUAUUAGCAGGGCUCUUGUUGAACCUAAAAAAACAAGAAAACAAGGAAUAACUUUGGUGUAAUAAAACAGGUACACCAGCUUAAAAACAUAUCAAACAUUGAAUUCAAAUUUAAAGUUUUUAUUGCCUCUCUGUUUUUGGAGUGCUAGAUUGAUAUUAUGUUUGAAUUAAUGCUGAGAGACGGGACUCUUGCUAAGUCGUUUAUCGAUUGUUUUGGUACCUUCAAUCAUAAUGAGACAAAGGUCCAGUUGCAACUAGCUAAAAAAGGGCAUACUGUCACCUAACAACUUUAUCUCUUUUUUCUCUGGAUCAAAACAAAACAUUGGUUGCGCUUACAAAGAUGCCAUUUGUCAUUUACGAUUGUUUACAUCCAGGUGGUAAACAUUAUAACAUAAUAGCUAUUAUGUAAUUUUUUUGUAGAGCAAAUAGGCAGGCCUGAGUCUUGAUGUUGAAAAAGCUAAAUGCAAAAAAAGAUUUACUCUGACUGAAAGUUAAGAAAUUACACAGAAAAAGAAAAAGCAAAAAGGUAGAAACACAUUUAAGAUGUUGUGGUAAAUAAAAGUGUUUUCAGAGAAAAUAUGUUAGAUACAGAGGUCUGAAAACUUCACCAAAGUUUUAGUGAGUAUUUGUGUAUCUUUUUAUUUGUGGAAAAAAAAUCCAAAUUUAUUUUCAAACACAUUUAGAAACAACAGCUGACUCAAGUCCUGCACCAUAAAGGCAUACAAGUGGAAAAACAACACUGUGAAACAUGAAAACACCAAGACCAAUUUCAGAAAUAGGUCAAAAACUAGUAAGAAGGUUGAAUAAAGUAAAAAUAAAAAAAAAACAUUGGAAUAGAUGCAGUGGUGUUUAAAUCUGAUCUCCAGUGUCUCGCCUUUUCUUCUAUCUGUCACUGAGACAGUAAGAUGCUUAUGUUGCUCAUCAGAAAGCUUUGCCCUCGCUUUGUCCCUCGCUUCAUCAGCUCAGUAAUACUUUCUUCCACUCUCUGUCAAGCUGUGUCACUUGUGAGCAUCUGUGUAUGAAGUUAUAAAGAAAUUGAAGCUCCUCACACCAGGGAGAAAGGAGAUAGAAAGCAGGAAGUGCAGGCGAACAAGCUCCUCAUUGAAGCAGAAAAAAGGAAAAGUCUGGCUCCAAGAACAGAGACACAAACUCAGAGAGAGAGAGAGAGAAAAGACAGUUCUAUGUUGUUUUAUUUCUCUUGCACACACACGUGCACUGCCCUUGACCUCUCUCUUUUUCCUCUCUAAUGGGGCAUGCUCUGCUUCUCCAUGCCACAGAUGAUUCAGCGCCCCACUUCCCACCCUCAGCAUCUUUAUUUAGCAUGAUUCAUCUCUGCAGACGAGCGUGGUUUGCCCUUGUUAAAUACUUUGGGCUCUAUUUUCGUGCCUCGCCGGAGACGAGCCGCAGGCGCGACGUAAGUCAGGUCCGCCUCGCCAAAAAGGCGUUCCCAAGCACAAUUUGGUAUUUUGGUGAGCGGCGUAGCCUGGCGUAAGUAUCCCCCCUCCUUAACUCAGCUCCUCCCAGCAGUCGUAGCGAGGGAGGAGAGAGGGCGUGGAGUGGGUUUAACACAGCCGAGACCUGUAUUGACCAAUAACAUCAGCUCCUCUGAAGACAGUAAUGCCACACGAUGGCGACAGAAGGCAGUCCCUUAACUAGUGUCACUGUAAGCGCUGCAGAGGGCGUCCUUCACACUCUCUCAUAUGAGCACAGAUGGAUUUGGUGUGUGUAAUGUUGGACCCACUGGUAAGACAAACACCCUUUUCACAAAUAAAGACACUCAUAUAAAGUUGCACAUAUUCAAACCUCACGUGACAAAGGUGGGUUGAGCGCACAGAUCACAUCAUAAAUUCCAAAAAUGGCAUCAAAAUCGGAACCAUCUGUGCGUAAAUGACGCAUCGCGCUCCGUGGCGUGGCUCUUUCUUUCAUAGAUGUUGGCAUAUAAAAUAAAUUUGGCUCACAAAACUGAAUAUUAUAAUAUUCCUAUGUGGGCUUAAAGUAAAUAACUCACCUGAUCACUGAAACAAAUCAUCUGUUCAGCCACUGCAGCAGCAGCUGCAGCAGGUACUCUGCACGCACUCUGCACGCACUCUGCCUGCUCUGAAAGCUGACCAGGUUUGAAUCGGCAAGCUUUUAGCGCACUUUAUACGCCACCGGCGAGCACGAAAAUGUCCCUGGGGCAGCUGAUUCUGUCGACACCGCCCUCUGCCAUGCCACCACGCCCAGCUUGGCGGACCUCAGUGUGCCUCAGUUCACGAAAAUACCAAACUGGCUGUACACCUGGCUCCUCCAGACGAAAAUAUCACUGAGUGGAGUCCGCCACCCUCUGCCGCCUCACUGGUCGACACGAAAAUAGAAACCUCUGUCCAUUUAGCACACAGACCCUGGAUGUGCGUGACUGAUGAACGAGUGAACUACAGUUCAUGCUGUGAAAGUGAUGUUCUGGAUUCACUGACUCAGAGAAAGCUGACAUGUCACACUGCAUCUGUGUGAAAUCAUGCAUGCGUGUGUGUGUGUGUGUGUGUGUGUGUGUGUGUGUGUGUGUGUGUGUGUGUGUGUGUGUGUGUGUAUAUAUAUGUGCAUGUAUUGGGCCUACAAAGGUGUGAUGAAUGCUUGCAAAUACAAAAACACAACUCCAUUGAGUUUGAUCUAAAUCAUCUAUAUCUCUUUUGUAUAAUUAGAUUUUUUUAUUCAUUUAUUUGAUGAGUUUUCUAUUUAAUCCUGUCUAUCCUGGAGGUUUUACUUCCUGCCAUUGUUUUUUACCCCUACAUCUUUCCUUACAAACAAGGCAAAGACCUGUGCUAAUAUGUUUUGUCAAUUUUUUUUUGUUUUCUCAAAUUUUCUGAUUUGGCUGUCCCUGUGUCUAUGUUUUGGGACAGAUUUUUAUUUGUUAUGAAUUACAGAUCUACUCUGAACGGUGCCGGGGCCAGCCUAACACUGUUAAACUACUAUAAACAAUUGUUAUAAGCACACAUACUGUAUCAGAUCUCCACAUAACUGCAGCUUGAUAGAUUUGUAGUUAUGGAACAAACAUGUUUCAAUGUUUGGUUGAAAAGCAGAAAAAGAAAAAUUGGCAUGUAACAGAUACAUUUAGUUCAAAGUGAAGUCAAAGUCAACUUUAUUGUCAAAUAUGCUAUACAUGUUAAAAAUACAGCACAGACAAAAUUUCAGUCCUCAAAGAUCCACGGUGCAUAAGAAUAAACUAUAAGAAUAAAACUAUAAAAGUAUAAAUAUAGAAUAAAAAACUAAGCUAAACAAAAGGCUACCUUAAAUACCAUUAAUUUACAAAAUAAAGAUAGCAAUAUAAACAGCAUAACAGUAUAAACAGUGUAACAGUAUGAACAGUAUUUUCUUUUCUUUUCAUCUCCCUUUUUCCUUUUUCUAAAUUUUUUUCUUAAUUAUAACAUUUAUUUAGGUUCUUAAUAUUAGGAUCUUUAUUUUUAUAACUGCAUUCCUGCACUCUUUGUCUGUGAUGCUGCUGUGACAAAUAAUAAAAGGGAGUUGAGCAUCCUCACUGCCUGGUUGAAGAAACUGUCUCGAAGCCUGCUGGUUUUGGUCCGGAGACUCUGCAGUCUCCUCCCCGACGGCUGCAGGCUGAAGAGACUGUGGGCUGGGUGAGUGGGGUCACCUGCGAUCCUGGUGGCUUUGCAGGUGAGGCGGGUGUGAUAGAUGUCUUACAGAGAGGGAAGAGGAACACCAAUGAUCUUCCCAGCUGCUUUCAUGGUGCGCUGCAGGGUCUUGCAGCAGGAUACGGUGCAGGCUCUGUACCACACAGUGAUGCUGCUGGUCAGGAGGCUUUCUAUGGUGCCCCUGUAGAAUGAGUACAUGAUGGGAGAUGGGGCUCUUGCUCUUCUCAGUUUCCGCAGAAAGAAGAGUCACUGUUGGACUUUUUUGGCCAGACAUAUAGUGUUGGUGUUCCAGGACAGGUCUUGGGAGAUGUGUACACCCAGGAACUUUGUGCUGCUCACCCGCUCCACUUCAGCACCAUUGUUGGUCAGUGGAGCAUGCUGGGUGGCCUCUCUCUUGAAGUCCACGACAAUCUCCUUCAUCUUCUCCACAUUCAGGUGGAGGUUGUUGUCCUUGCACCACGUGGCCAGGCGGUUCACCUCACUCCUGUAGUUCACCUCAUCGUUGUUGUUGAUGAGACCCACCACAGUCGUGUCGUCUGCAAACUUGAUAAAGAGGUUGGAGCUGGAUGUAGGAGUGCAGUCGUGGGUCAGCAGAGUGAAGAGGAGGGGCUCAGCACACAUCCUUGGGGGGCCCCUGUGUUCAGUGCGAUGGUGCUGGAGGUGUUGCUGAUGACCCGAACUGCCUGUGGUCUCCCAGUCAGAAAGUCCAGCAGCCAGUUGCACAGGGAGGUGUUGAGUCCCAGCUGGACCAGUUUGAAGGUGAGCUCCUGGGAUUGAUUGUGUUGAAUGCUGAGCUGAAGUCGAUGAACAGCAUUCUGACAUGUGUCUCCAGAUGGGUGAGGGCUAAGUGGAGGGCAGUGGAGAUGGCAUCGUCGGUCUAGUGGUUGGACCGAUAUGCAAACUGGUAGGAGUCCAGUGCGGGGGGAGGGCAGACUUGAUGUGGUGCAUGACUAGUCGCUCGAAGGACCAGGGACCAGGAUGAUGGUGGUGGCUUUGAGGCAUGUUGGGACAACAGCUUAUCUCAGCGAGAUGAAUACAAUGAAACAGCUCAUCUACAUUCUACUUGUAAGCAAGCCUACUAGCUAUCAUGCUACUGUGUUGUGUUUUGCACUUCUUGGAGAGGUCUGGGCUGUGGAAGUGGCUUCACGUUGGAGGUCUGCAGCCACUGUUAUGUGGAAGUAUCUUCAGCACAAACGUUUAUAUAAGUCAGGCGGUUUGCCAUCAGAUUAGGCUCAGUCAGUAAAGUGGUCCCAUGGGAGACUCCUGCAUUUCUGGUCACCAGCACAAGCUGUGUGACAACAGAUGACUCACUGUUGUCAUUGGUAGUGGACAUGAUGAGGCGGGGGCAUUGCUUUUCUCUCUGUCUAAGCCUAUGUCCCUCUGAGCAUUGACAGCUUGAGGAAUUAUAUGUAAUGAUAUUUCAUAUUCUUAGUUAAGACAGCAGUUUUCUCAGUGACUUACAUCAGUGCCAUAGUAAACCAUGUGACCAACAGAAAGAACCCAAUGUCAAGGAAUUCUUCAACUUUCUAGUCUAGGUGUUUGUUGUCUUUUUCUUCCAGUUUCUGGUCUCCAAAUCUUGUUCCUAGAGUUUAAGUAAUCUUUCUGGGUACACAUCCUUCAUUCUGUAAAAGAAAUUUCUUCCUAAAUGACUUUAAUGAAUUUACAAAGAUUCAGGAGCAGGAAAACAACAGAACUACUCCUGCAAUCAUCUGACAUGCCCACUUAAACAUAUUCAUCUCAUUUCAAUCUGGUUUUCUGUGAUCCUUCCACCCACACUAACAAAAUCUAACACUCAAGAGCUCUCUUAAGCAUAUAUCCAUUCAUUUCAAUAACUGUUGCUUCUAAGUAUAAUACCAGCUAUUUUAAAACAAGAUUGAUACGACAAUAAGAUAAGAAAAAACUUUAUUUAUUCCCAAGGGGGAAAUUGGAUGAUAAUAAUUAUAAUAAUAGUAAGCCCACAAUGUGCUUUGUAUGCAUUGACUCUGCACAAGGAGCAUGUCAGAGUUUAAUGAAACAUCUGCUCUUUAUUCUUGAGAGUAUUAGCAAACCUUAGUUUUAAGGGCCUACACUUAAAAACACUGAAAGCUCAGGUUCUAAUUGAUUCUUGAGUUCAAUCCGCUGUUUAUCUGUCUAUCACCCUAUUGCUAUUACAGAAUGCAAAAAAAAACAAAACGUAUUUUUAUUGUUCAGAUGUAAUCCAGCCUUUUCUGUUGUUUCAUUAAUUUUUGAUGCAACACUAAUAUACGAGUUAUCUUGACUUCAGGUUCACUUCUUGUUGCUGCAGCAAAGGGGUGUGCAGUUUCUGUACAAACAGAAAAAUGGGAUUUGCAUUCAUAACUCUCACUAAUUAAGCAGCUGCUUGAAUAAUUUUUAAUCAACAACACGGUAAGGAGACAAGUCUUCACAAGUUAAGUGUAAAAAUGCUUUUUUUUUUUUUAAUGGAAAUUUUCAGAUGAAAGCUUCACUCAGAGGGCUCUAUUUUCGUGCUUCGCCGGAGACGUAGCGCGACAUAAGUCAGGUCCGCCGCACCGACAAAGCGUUCCCAAGCCCAAAUUGUUAUUUUGGUGAGCGGUGCAGCCCGGCGUAAGUAUCCCCCCUCCCUAACUCAGCUCCUCCCAGCGGAGUAAGUCGUAGCAAGGGAGGAGAGAGGGCGUGGAGUGGAUUUAGAAAGUUAACCAACAAAGAUGAAAAUUAUUGUACAUAUGUUGGUGAACCUAGAAAAAUUCACCAAUUGAGAAAACUCUAAAUCGUCCUCAUGCUCACACCACCCUGCUGCCCCCCACCCCCAUGCCACCCCUCAUCCCCCCACCUACACCAAACUAACACAUUUCCAGUCAGAAGAAAGCCUGUGGCAUUUAGAGUCUCAUGCUGAAAAGAGCAUGUGUGAAAGAACAAGUCUUGAAAAUGUCAGGACCUGAAAUUGUCUGAAAAUUAUCCAGAAUUUCUGUGUGAAAGGUAGUAAAGUGUAAAACAACUUUCAAAAGUUUGCUCACCACAAUCCUUUGAGGGCUGAAAAGUAAAAGCUGAAAUUCUCAACUUCCAAAUCCUGAUUAACUCAUAUUUGACUUUCCUUUUGAUCCAUGCUGCAGUAAAGCACCCAGAUCUGCCUUUAUCCCUCAAAAAGAAGAUUUAAUUUGUUCCUUUUGUGUAUUUACUCCUUUUGUUUUCUUUCUCUUCUCUAUCUGUUGUUAAAGCUCUCCCCAGACAGAGGAUUCAGCUGGCUUUUGAUAAGAACUACUACAUCGAGCCAUCAUUUGAGUGCCGCUUCGACCACAUAGAAAUACGGGAUGGGCCAUUUGGGUUCUCACCUCUCAUUGACCGCUUCUGUGGGGGUAAGAACCCGGGCCUGGUGACAUCGACAGGACGAUUUAUGUGGAUCAAAUUCACCAGUGAUGAAGAGCUCGAAGGCCUCGGUUUCAGGAUCAAGUACACCUUUAUUGCAGGUAGGGAGCAGAAGUGGAAACAAUGCAAAUUGUAGCAACAACUGGAUGAGUAUUUGUUUAAUUCUCUUGCAUCUUUCUCAGUGCUGUUAAAAUACAACAGAUUUACAGUAAUAGAUAUUUAACAUGACUUUUUUGAGGUUUAGUAUCACCGGUGAUGGUGUGCAUUUAUGUGAUUCUGAUUUACAAGAUCUCACUUUGAUUCAAGUCCAUUUGUCAUCGGUAUCAAGAUGUUUUGGGAUAUUUCACUUACUAUUGCAAGAAGAUUCUCAGAGCAGGUAAAAUGCUGCUAACUGGACAAUGAGCCUUUGAACUGAGGGCAUGCAAACAGUUUUGGUAUGACACCUGCACUUUAAAAUCACAUAGUGUAGAAAGACAGUAUUGUGAACAGCGGUGUACAGACAUAGAGAAUAUCCGGACAUAUGAAAGGCACGCUGAAUUAAAAGGGAAUUUAAAGGGAAUAUCUUCUCCAGUGCGGUUUGUUGGUGCACAUUUUAGCUGAUGUUUUAUUUAAGUGACACCUCAAAGUAUAUUUUGGAGAUUUGUAUUUCCACAAUAUUUGACCUCCAUGUCAACCUCCACGGGGACGCGGCGGAGGGUGGCGGACCCCGUGCAGUGGUAUUUUCGUCUGGCGGAGCCUGGCGUACAGCCAGUUUGGUGUUUCCGUAGACUGAGGCGCACUGAGGUCCGCCAAGCUGGGCGUGGUGGCGAGGCAGGGGGAGGUGUCGAUAGAAUCAGCUGCCACAGUGACAUUUUCAUGCUCACCUCCGGCGUGUAAAGUGCACUGAAAGCUCGCCAAUUCAAACCUGGUUAACUUUCAGCGCAAGCAGCUGGUCUAGUGGUAUUUUGGUAGACCGGCGGCAUAUUACGCAUACGUCACCGAUGCCUCACCGGCAGGUUUCCACAAUGUCAGGCACAUUUUAGUGCAAUAAAUAAUCAAUAACAACUAAUAAUCUGAGUCAGCACAUACAUUUAGAUAUAUAUAGAUAUGUUCUGAUCUAUAUCUGAUCUGAUGAGCGCAUUUGCCUCACAGAGGCUAAAACCAACAAUUAAACAACAACAAAACCCAGCCCUCCCACCCACACAUUUUUCUGAUGCUACAGGACAUAUCAUGAGAAAAGUAAGUGCAAAAUUGCGUUUCUUAGUAUUUCUGCAUUCAAAUCGCUGUGAAUCUCUGGCAGACCCCAAAAGCAGGUUCAGACACAGUGAGAUUUCCUACGUAACAAAUCCAAGCUACGCCCCUGGAGCCUCUGCUCUGCAGGCCAGACUCUGAGAAAUAGAGAGGACUAUCGCAUCCCCAAGGACAUUAGUGUCUGAGAGCUGAAUAGCUCCUAUGUUACCUGCUCCUACACUGGCAAUGUUAGGCUGCAAGCUAACUCGAGGAGAAGUGUGCAGAGCAGCACUGCCUCUAUCGACGACUCAGAGGCGAAUUGCUUAUGAGAUUUUUAGAUUUGUGAUUUUGGCUAAAAACUUCACAAUCACAAUUUAAAGACCACUGAGGAGGCUUUAAGUAGUAAAAAGAAAAAAACGAGUGGGACUCUUAGGUUUGUGAUUCAAGGUUUGCCCAUGGAGUGGGAUGUCCGUGCUGCAUCCCACCAUGUUUUUAAAAUCCGUGUCUCACAUGGCUAGAUUUGGUUGAACAAAUAAUGGUCUUGUGAGAUGAGGAGCCACCUACAGGAUAGGAAACAUGUUGAAAAAUUGUAUAAAUACCCCACACAAGCCCUACGUUUGCCACUACCUAAAAGAUAAUGCAUGUGAGGGAUAUUCAUUGAUGAAUUAGCACAAGAGUCAUCGUAGUUCUGUCAUCCUUUCUUGUUGAAAUCUGUCUUCUUGUUGUGAAAAAGUCCUCAUUUCUAUGAAAGUGAAGUACAUUAAAAUGCCAGGAAAAUACAAAUACUUGUGACUAAUUGAAAGGGAUUCAAGUAAAGAUUGCUGCCAUCUCUGUUCUUUUCCAGCUCAAGGCACUUUGCUGUCUGCCCCCUUUUCUGUCCUCUACGUUUAGUUAGCUGUCCCACAAAUAAAGACUGAUAAGAUAAUGGCAGACUAAAACAUAAAAGGAGAGAAAUACUCAGACCUGGAAACUAACCACUUACUGACAGUCUUUUCUUCUGUAUCUUCAUGCUCUCAGACUCUUUGGGAUGAUUUUUGUACAAAUAAACUAUGAAAGUUUACCCUCUAAUAAUAUGUGUCAUGGUAAGAGCACCUGUUAAGAGUCUGUUAUGCAAAGAAGAACUUGUAAAAAGUUUCUCGGUCCAGCUGCCAUAAAAUAUAAAACAUAAUAAUCCAGGACACUUAGCCUGAGUCAUGCUGUCCAUAUAUUUUACUCCCCCUGACAGAUAUCAUUGGUUUGGUUUCACAAAUCUCCUUAAUAUAAAGAAAACUGGUAUUAAUGUGACAAAAAUCUUGUCUCCUAAAUUCAAAUCAUCUGGUUAAUAUUUAGAAUAAAAACACUCAGCGUUGAGGCCAUAUUGAAUAUAACUUAUCUACACCAACAUACCGUCAUAAUGAGCAGAGCCAGAUCUGGAGUCAACAGGUCAGAAGUUUCAGCGCUCAUCAUGGAGGUACAACCACUGAUUCAGUUUUAGAUGCACAAAUCCCUGCUCAACUGGUCAAGGGGGCACAGAGCAAAACCAAAUUAUAGACAGGCCCCAAGAUGAAUCUGUUGGAAGUCUGGUGUGAAAUCAAUCAGUCAUGGUCUUAUGACACUGUAGCCUCCAUGAGUUAAUUGUUUUGAUGCUAUUGCUGUAGUCAAGGUGAGUCAGGUGAGCAGUGUUACAGUAUGAUACCAGGUGUUCUGAUAUAAACCCAAAAGUAGAACCAGGAGCAGAUGAAGCAUUAAAGUGAAUUUAUUGAUGGGAGAAAGAUGGAGGGAAGGGAUCCAGGAUCCAAGGCCUGAGGAGUAAAUCCAAGGAAUGGUGAGGGUUAGCAAUGUGAGGGCUUGUUGCUGCUGCAGGUGAGUGGUUUCCUGAGAGAGAUAGAGAGUGUGGCAGAGUGGUAGAGAGUGGACAGAUAGCACUGGGGCUCAUGGAGGCCCUGGAAGAGGCCGAACAAAUACAGGUUAGUCACAAGAUAGGCACAAAAAAUUUGGAAAAGAAAAACAAGUAAGUAACUCGAGAUGACUUAAGCAGAGUUGGCUAAUGUCUCACACAAGAAGUGGGAAUAAUCUGGCACUGGAGAGGCAUCUGAGCAGAGUUUAAGAGCUGCUGGUGAUUGCAGUGGUCAGGUGCAAGUGUGGGUGUGCAGGGAGAGCCACCCAACCUCUGUGGACAGAAGAAAAAACACUACUCCACCCAGGAAACAGUCCAGGAAAUCACAAAAAUAAAAACCAAAGUGUUGGAAUCAACACAUGCAUUUCAGGAUUCGGCUGUGGAUUAGAGGAAGAAGUUGUAGUUGAGGCCCUAACUGUUUUCAGACACCCCAAUAAAAAUCGGAUGUAGACUCACAAGUGGUCCAUGAGAUGUCAAGUGUUCCACUCAUAUAGGAAUACUUAGAGCAGACUUUCCUUCACUUUACUCAUUCUUUGUCAGACCCUCUUUUCCAUCCCAGCCACCUUAAUGUAAACCCAAUGUGCCCAGAAAUCAGUCUCUCCCAUCAGGUGGCAGAUAUUAGCUUCAAACAGACCCCAUUGUGUUUCAUCUGUCCUGCCGUAAUAGGAUCUUAUCUUGUGUUCUCUUCUUACCUAUUUCUGCACUGUGGAUUGAGAGUUAUGUGCCUCCUGAAUCUUAUCAUUUCAGACCCUGAUUUCCAUCUGCACGUGGGCGGACUGCUAAACCCCAUCCCAGGUAAGCUUUCCAGUCCUGUGCUGGUUUUUGUUCAAUUCUUUUUGAAGAGCUCCUCUGCACUCAGGAAGCUUACCGGAGGCUAUCUCUGCCUCUGACGUCAGUGCUGAAUGCACAAAUGUACCUUGACAGGUGCACAAUUCAACAUGAAGGGGAAGGAUGUUCAUACACAAACAUACACAGGUUUAAACACAUAAAGGAACGCACACCUCUUUUAUCCAGCUCUUUCCUUCCUGUCCUUCUGCCUUUGUUCCUCUGUCUUUUUUAUUGUCCUUAAUCCUAAUCCACUGCGCUCACUUCAAUACCACCUUAAAUCCUUCACCACUUAAAAUAAAACCCUUCAUCUGUCCUUCUCUCUGUCAUGUUCUCUCCGCGUCCUUUUUCAUCUGUGGUUUCUCUGCUGUUUCUCUUUUUUUAUUUCUUUCUGACCCCUCUCUCACCUCUCCUGUCUUUUACCUGUCUCUUUGUCCUCUAACUUUCUUUUUCUUCUCACCUCUCCCCCACACUUACUUGUCUGGCUGCAGACUGUCAGUUUGAAAUUGGAGGAUGGGAUGGGGUUAUUCGCUCCAGUCAGGUGGAGGAGGAAGAGAAAGUGAAACCUGGGGAUGCUCUGGACUGCAUUUGGACCAUCAGGGCUCCACCUCAGUCAAAGGUCAGUGUGAGAGGACAUUUAAUCUGCAGAAAUGAUGCAAUUAGUUAACUUGUCUAUAUCUAUGCCCCAGUCCAUGGUCAAAAAGUAGCUGAAAAAUAAAAACUACAAUGAUGAGUGCUUUUGUCUGAUUUUGAAGUAACCUCGCUGUUAUGCUCAGGUCUUCUCAUGAACUACACAGUAAAUGAGAUUAUCAGCCACAGGACUGGCUUUUCUUUUUACAUCUACUUUUGAAUUUUAGUGCUUGUAUUUGAGUUGAAAUUUCUGUAAAAAGCCAAAAAAAAAAAGCAUAUGACAUAAUUGAUCAAUUUCAUUUCUUCCAUGGAAAGAAUUGCCCUUCAAUAACUAAAUCAUCACAGUAUCUUUAAGAAGAAUACAAGAAGUCAAAUAAGGCUACCAGUGAGCUUAACAAUAACUAUAGAUGUUCCUUCUGAGACAUCAGAAAAUAGUUUGUCUGCUGCACAGCAUACUGCAUGUUAUACCCAGGUCAAACAUGUUACACUUGGGUUGACUCUGUAUGAAUUGACUUAGUUUGAUGUAGCUCAACCACACUGUGCAUGUAAAUGUCCUGAAUGUCUCUCUCUAUUCAUUGCUGUCAGGAUGAGAUUGCACAGCACAGCUCUUGGCAACAGAGGAGAUGCCGGUGGGUCAUCUCGGUCGAAAUCUUACACGGAAAUGGGUCAAACUGCACAGAGCUGCAGGAUCUGUGGGCAUUUCUACAUUUUAAUAUGAUUCGCACAGUUUGCUUUGUGAAUUACACCUUGAGUAAUGAACUGAUAAUGGGGGCACAUGAUGUGCAAUUUCUGGUUCAAUUAACAAUCACAAUCCACUUUUUACAGUUUCACCGAAGCCUAGAACAGCAAACCAAACUCUGGCCAUAGAGGUACCUUUGUGUUUUCUUGAAAGAUUUUGGGCCUGGUUGGAGUGUCCAGUGAGGUUAAGGUGACAGGAGCUUUGUAGAGGUGGUUUCAACACACAACCUGUCUGCCAAAGCUAAAAAUAUAUGUAUACAUUACAGACACAAGCUGAUUUUAAAUGCAGACCCUAACUUGUGUGACUGUGAUGCACUUAAUGUGGGCAAUCUACCUGUGCUGUUCUAGUCCUGUGUAUUUAUUUUCUGUCUUCUGUAAGGGUAGAUGUUGUUCUGCUUUGUCUUAAGCCUAACCAGCUCGCUGAUGAUCUGUUUCCUUUUGUGCGUCAUAUGGUGGAGGCGCGUUAGAUUCAGCCUGUUUCAUUAUCAGUCGAAAAAGUAGUGUAUUUCAUGUUACAAUUUAGAAAUGGACAAACUUCCUAAGAAGUUUUCUAAACUUUCCCUAAUCUGUCUUUGGCAAUAUGCUAAUGCUAAUCCAGCUCAAAGACCUCAAUUUUCAAUCUUACACCAGGAUCAACAAUGCUGCUCUUGCUUAUAUUUAACUAUUUCACCAACUAUGAGGACAAAGAAGUAUUAUGUUGAAUAUCCUUUUGGAUGCUUCACAAAUCCGGCUCAGGCUGUUUUUUUUUUUUGUUUGUUUGUUUAUUUCUGGUUGCUGUUAUUUUGUAAUUAUUGUAAUCAGCAUGAAAGCAGAAAGCUGCAAGCAGCUGAUUUAUUUUUUUAACCUGACAAAUGAGAUGAAAUCUCAUCUCGCUGGUGACGCACACAGUUAGUCCCAGAAUAGAUCUGAAUAGUCAUCCAAAUAAAAGGAAUGAGAGGAGAAAUAACGAAGCUCUGAAUAUAAACAAGAAAAGAAACAUCUCUGAAUAUGAAGCUGUGACACAUUUUCAAGUAUCGACCUGCAAAGCAGAUUUGUUUCCACCGAGAAACGAUUGUGGAGGAUUUAUGUAUCCCCAGAUCAAAGCAUCUCCUUCUAUCUCCACCUUUAAGGAAGUCCAUCUACUGUAUGUGAGUGUUUCAGUGGUUUCUUUGAUGUAAAUAAUAAGUAUGAACACAAAUUGUUGCAUUUUGUGUCCCAUGAAAGAAAUCCUGCUACCAUGACUUGAGAGUAAUUUAACACUUGAUGGAUGUGAGCAGCGCAAAUACACAGAUGCGCAUCAUGGGAGAAAGCAAUACCAACAAGUCGUAUUGAUAAAACACUACUCUGGAGUUUCAUAAGUGCAUUUUAAAGCCAGGAGUGAAAGCUGAGUGAUGUGUUCACAAAACUUCUGAUUUUAUGAGUGGAUAUGAAAAGGUCACAUUGAAUUCACAACCACGGCAAGCCUUGAUUCAUGGCUGCUCUGCGUCUUCCUCAUGACUGAAUGAGUCAUCAGCACGCUCCUGUGCUACUCAUGGGCCAGAAUGUACUCAUGCAACUCACACAUACACAUAAAUUCAUGCAAAUAUAAUAAGCCAUUAAACGUCAGAAAACAUAUACCGUUAUUAAUAACAUAACAGUGUCAGUAUGUGGUAAUGUAAACAACCACCCACACAUAUUUUGAUUUCCUGUGUAUACAUAUUAACUUAUAAACAUUUAUGCAUGACUCACACUUACUCUAAAUUAUUCUCUCACACACAAACCCACACAGUGAUUCCAUUGGUCCUACAUGUGCAGUGAUAAGCAGCAGUGAUGAGGAUCUGAAUUUAGCUGCAGCACUGAGUUGCUCAAACAGAUAUUAGUUCAAUGAAGCAGAAAGAGCACAGCAACACGCUCAGCAGCAGCAGCCACCGCAGAAGCAGCAGCAGCAGUAGCAGUAAAAGAACAGCUACUUAGCUGCUGCCGGGCAAAGUACACACAUUAGCCACUGAGGUAGAAGUGCAGAUACCUGAGCUCAAAGGACUCUUGGAAAAGUAAAAGUACUAAUUCAACCUCUUUAAUGACGUCAAAGUCAAAAAGGACAGGCUAUCCUAUAGAAAAGUUUAUUUCUAUAGGUUAUUUUCCUAUGAAAUUACCUAAACUUUUUGUUUCAUUUGUGAGGGGAAACUUGAAUCGUUUUACUUUCAAAAAACUGAAGAAUUGCUGCGAUGAUCCAAACAUAUAGGACAGUUUUUUUUUUCCUUUUAGUGCAAUCACUUUUCAUUUUUGGGCUCUAGUAAUUAGAUGCCAAAGCAGUGGAUAGCACCACCUAUCUGCAAAGCUGUAUCCUUCAUGACUGAGGCCUGCCAUCAAUCAGCCACAGCACCAGGGGGAUGAGGGAUGUAGAGAUACCGUGACUGUCCAGGGUAAACUGGGUCAAAAGUAGGAUGAGUAAACUGACAACUGAGUCAUCAAUGCAGCAAAGAAGCUUAAUUUGAUGUAUUACUUUAUGUUGGCAAUGAAUAAAACAUGAAUCAUCUGUACUAAUGGGCUGUCAAUGACAAAAUAUCACACAAAAUAUUGCAAUGUAAUGCAUCAAUUUUUGAGUGAUGAUCUGCAGAGUGGAGUUGAUUCACCUUAAUGCUGACAUGCCUGUAUGUCUGCAGAUCUACCUGCGCUUCAUGGAUUAUCAGAUGGAGCACUCCAAUGAGUGCAAGAAGAACUUUGUGGCCGUGUAUGAUGGCAGCAGCGCCAUCGAGAACCUCAAAGCCAAGUUCUGUAGCACUGUGGCCAACGAUGUGAUGCUGGAUAACGGUGUUGGAGUCGUACGAAUGUGGGCUGACGAGAAGAGCCGACUCAGCCGCUUCCGCAUGCUCUUUACCUCCUUCGUCGACCGUGAGUCACUGUGUCCCCAAACAUGAGUACAUGGUCCCUGUUUUACCGUCUUUUCAUCUUUUAUGUUGAGUGGUGGGGUUCAUUCAUUUUGCUCAGACAAAAAGAUAUCUUGUUUACCAAAAGUCUGAAACUAUGCUGUUCUUAAACCCUUAUUGAUCUCAUUUUGUGGUUCCCUGGUUUCAUUGAAGGAUGAAACAGACCUUAGUUGGAGAGACUUAUACAACUCUAUGUAUUUUUGGCACACCUGUUAAGCUACAUAAAAAGCUACAGCAACAUUUCUCCAUCCAGGAUGAUUAAAAUCAUAAAUUUAAACGUUAAAGGCACAGUGUGUUUAAGUAUGUAUAAUUCAGCAAUAUUUAGCAGAACAAACUUCCUGGCGAUGGAUUACAGCAGCCAUAAGCAGUGUUGUGCAAGUUCACAUCAAAAAUGAACAAGCUCAAAGUUUAAUUUACACUGUUUCAAAUGAUAUUAGAACAUUGAGGGAAACAAAACUGUUUUGGAAACUUAGAAACAACCAGCAUGCAUUGGAAGAAAAUUGAGCUAAAGUUUUAAAAUAUGCAGGAAAAAUCUGCUCUGAAACUGAGGAUGUGGGAGAGAUGUUUUUUGCAUUCUGUGAAGUAAAAAGCGCUUUAGAUAAAGAAAUACUGAACAAACAAUCACAAUCUCAAAACUUUUACCUCUCUGGAUCCAAGUGUUUUGGUUUUUUUUAGUGAGGUGGGAUUGGUCCUGAUCUUUUCAUAUAACUACGUAAAAGUCUGUACAUUGCUUUGGAUGAAAGCAUCUGCUAAGUGGCAUUGUAAAAUAGUAAAAUGUUCAAAAGACUCGGACUGCCUCUGCAGCAUUCUCAACAUCUGCUGGAUAAUAGAAGCGAGUAGCACUGGGUGUCCAAAUUCGGCUGCCAAAUUUUGUGGGUGAAAACUCUUACUGUUGGAGGAACAUGACAACCUAGUAGAUUACCACUGAAGAAACCACAAGAGCCAUAUGAGUGGGGGGAUUAUACUGAUCCACAUACCUCUUUUCUGAGCACCUUCCAGGUGAUUAAGCUCAUUCGACAGAGUCACUAUUUUCUUAUCCCACUUUCUCCUAAUGUCAGCACAGCUUUUACCAUCCUCUGUAGUGGGUGACGUCACGGUAGACACAUAACUGUAAGUAUUGUCAGUUUAAAACAAAAGAAAAAAUGUAAACAUUGGGCUGGGUAAUGCUGAAUGAAAAUAUUAUUUGGUGGAAGGACUGUCACAAUAUGUCAGUAUGGUAGUAACCCCCUUAAUCAAAAUACGAAAUGUUGAUAUCGUGCAAAGAUAAGCAAACAGUAAUAUUGUAAAGCAUAGUUUUACAGUUUAGGAAAUAAAACAACCUAAAAUGCAGACAGGAAAAAAUACCAAAAUAAAAGCAUGACAAACAGUUGUUUAGUGAGACGAUGUCUUCUCUGAAGAAGUUUCACCUGCACAGCCAUUGGUGUGGAUAAAUCAUACAUUUGAACGUAAUUAGAAAAGGAUGAUGACUCGAACAUCACCUGUGUUAGGUCUAGCUUACAGACUUGCAAUAUUAUGUUAGGUUAUAUAUUGUCUUACAUUUUCUUCAUUUUACUCACCAUGUUUUUGAAUUUAAAGUUUUUACAAAUGAGUCAUGACUUUUUAACCUACCCUCUUUUUCUGCAACCACGGUCAUGCAGAAAAGACAGGCAUUCCUGUUUGUGGAUCAUCUUGAGAGCUCCGUGUCCUGUACUGUCCUUUCAAAACUGUCAGCUUUAAAUUAUUAUUGAGCUACUGUUCAGCUUGUUUUUCUAAAUGCAUCAAGUGGCAGAGGUAUGGCUGAUCUGACUGUGCAUUACUCAUCAUGUGUGGGGAAAAAAACACACCCUUACAGUUCCCCCUGCUCCUUACAUUUAUAUUUCACUCUGUAUUUUAUUCAAAUGAAAAGCAGAAAAUGUCAUUACUUCACUGUAACAGCUGUGACAUUUUCCACCCACUCACAAAAACAGAUGAUUUAUGAGGUCUGCAUCAGUAGUCACUAAGAGACACUGGAGUGUCAUUUCAGUAAGGAAAGCUAAUUACACUGUGCCAUGUUUGGAGCACAGAUAUGAGAAAACCAAUUAUUGAGUCCAGCAUUUGUAAAUAACUGAAAGCAUCACAAUUUUUUUGAUAUGUGUGUCAUACCAUAUCACUUUGCUCAUUAGAAGAGGAACAUUAGGAGUUUAUCUGUUGGUUAAAAUAAAGCAGAGAGAGGAUAAUAGAUCUCCUGGAAGUAAUUAGACAUUCAACAUUGUCAUUUCUGAAGGACAAUAAAUCCUCAAACAGAUGCUGCUUAAGACUGCGCAUAAAGAAGCUCUUUUUUUUGUUAACAUGCUGUUAUAGUUUCAUUACAUGCCUGAAUAGACUGAGGUGUUAAUUGCCACAUUUUCCAGCACACUCCUCGAACCCUGGGUGAAUACUAAUGUUGUUUUCAUCAGCUUACUCAUAUAUAACCAUAUCAGUGGAUGCGUAAUGGCUUUUUAAAUUCAGCAACGGUGGGUUUUCUUUUUUUUUUUACUCGGAGAGUCCUUAAGUCCAUUUAGAUCCUCAUUAAUUCUGAUCACACAGUUCAUCUCUGAGAGGAGCCUGAAGUCUCUUGAUAACUCUGAAACUUCAUUUGGUCAGAGUCAGCCACAGAAGUUUGGUUGGAGGUCAGAGGGAACGAUUAAUCUUUGUCACUCAGAGAACAAGAUGAGUUUUGCUUCUUGCACUCCAUCAUCUUUGUGUCUGAUCCAGACGUAGUACGACAUUACAAACACACACACACACACACACUCUUAUGACACUUUGUGAGGAGCUUCAUUUUGGAGGCGUGAGAGACACAAUCAUUUUGGAAGUGUUUGCAGUGUUAGGGGGGAUAACCCUGUCUACAGGCUCACUGAGAGAUAGAUGAAGCAGACACUGCAGCACACACACUUUUUCACACACAGCCUUACAGACGCAUGUGCAGCACAUGUCCCUCAGCCAAAAUUAUUCAACCCUGAGGCAGAGGAAGCACUUAGGCAGGGAAAGUGUAGCCUCAGAGCCGUCAUCACAGUGGACCCUGGAGCAGGGUUGAAGCUGGUAGAGCAGACCGCAGUCUGUUUCAGCCAUGAUAAAGACUCGGAAUGGGUCUGUGGCUGCGAGACACUGCAUGACUGUGUGUGUGCGUGCGUGCGUGCAUGCGUGCGUGUAAAAAAGAAACCAGAGGUGGAAACAUUUUGUCAAGCAGGCUGAGGAAGGGAAAACCAUAAUAGACAGUGUGAAUGAAGACUGUGGUGAGGUGUGAAGUAACCACAUGGUGCAGUUGGUGCCUUUACUCAGUCUUAACAGUGCAGCAAACUGAAGAGGUUAAUCCUCAGUACUUCAGUUUAUGACAUAUCUGGACUAAGUUGCAUCAUCUGGUAUUAUAAAUAAAGCCUGUGUGGAGGUGCAGAAAUGAUAUUUGUGGCUGGCUUAAGAGGCAAAGGAAACCUGAGAUGACACUCCUCAAUCAGAAAAAAACAGAUGAAACAAACUGAUGGACCUCUCUCUGUGUGUGUACCUCUCUCUUUCUCUGUCUCUCUCUGUCUUUCAACACUUGCAGCAGAGCAGGCACUGCACGUUAUCAGAUAAAAGAGGUGGAGAGCUCAUUGAUCGCAGAUUGCGAUCUUAUACUGAUAGAAAAAUGUGAAAAAUAGCUAGUGUACUUGUGCAGCCCACUCAGGUGUCGUCUGUUUGUGGGAAACACUGAGCUGAGUUGGGAUUUAUGACCUAAACUUCUGGUCUGUCCCUCUCUCUCCCUCUGUUCGACCAUUGCCACCGCUACCCUGAAAAGUGCUGCAACCAAACCUCUAUCCCCAGCAUCCACCUGCAGGCUGUUAGUAAGGUGUUUAAAACAUUAUCUGAUCUCUUUUCAAAUGCAGACAGGUACGAUAAAUCAGCAAAGAGAGCCAGGUCACCCAAACACAGGCUGCUGCAAUAAAUCAUGAGGUGUCUAACUGAAUUAUAUUAAAAGGAGAGCACUUAUUCACAGGAAUGAAUAUGUGCUCACAGGGUUCCAAAAGACAAAUUUGCCACAUGUUCAUUUUAGAGUGGUAGGUUUGAGGAUAAAUACCUUGUCAAAGAUAAUCUUUAAAAAUGAAGUCGUAUAGUCAGCCACUUUUGUUUAUAGCAUGUUUUACCUCCAGGUUUUGAUCAAAGAGUUUUGUUGCAGUGCAUCUGAUGUGUUCAUCUUUGAUAGUGUUCAGUUAAUGACUGCUACAUUCAAGUUUUUAUAGUUCAACAUUUACCUACACCACUGAGGCUGCUAAAUGUCAUAUAUUCAACCCUUUGGUUGGAAGUUUGUCUUUCAGUCAGGACUGUUGCCUGUUGAAUGCUGAGGUCAGGCAUCAGUGACAUCGCUCACUGUGUCAGACAGAUGUGAAAAACUACACAAGCAUUCACUAGUAGUCAGUUAGGUGACACACAGAGGUGCUCAUAGCAGCUGCCACCCCUCUGCUGUUUCUCAACAAUGGUCGUUUUUUUUAUUACCUGUUGAUCGUCCCCCUGACAGCUCUUCAGAAAGACGGAUUUUGUUGGCAGAGCUCUACAAAACUUUUCCUUUGUUUCAUAGUUAUAUUAGGCAACACCACCUUCAUCAUUCUUCCUCUUGUGCCUCACUAUUUGCUUUGUUUAGCUGUCAUGUAUUUGGCAGAUUUUUCAGUGCAAGCCAAGAUGUUUAUUCCCUGGUUCUAUACCAAAACUAAUGUCUGCAAGUCUGCCUACCUGCUCCCCUUUUUUUCGUAUUUGGGUGGUGUAAUUACAGAUUUAUCAAACUUUCCUCAAACUGUUCUCAUUUCUUAAAUUUCUGUUGAGAAACGUUAUAUCAAGAAGUAUUGUGAUCAUUUUAUCCCCUGGCCCAACUUUUGCUGCAGCUCUGUAUAGUCUAUUCCAGCCAAAGCAGCUGCGUCCUCCUUCAGUCUUGCAGCAGCUCUUUCCUUUGACAGGCAGUGCAUCGAUCUCCUGAGCCCAGCAGCCAGCAUCAAUUACCAGUCAUCUCCGUCUCUGCCAUCGGAGCCUUCAUACACUAACAGUGACUUUAAUGUGGGUGUCUCGUGGCACCUGCCAGACUAUUUUCUCCCUGUGAUGUCUCUAAGCCUUUUCUACCACCACCCACUCCCUUAAUUUCUUUUCAUCCUCUCCAUUUUCCUCUUCUGCCCACUCACACCCUUCCAACUCCUCUCUCUCCUCUUUCUGCUGCUUCUCCUACUCUUUUGACAUGAAGGCUGCAGCUCAGUGGAGCAGCCAUGUCCCCCCGCUCAUUGCCUCAUGAAGUUGUGUCUGCAGGGAAAUGAUGAUGUACGAUGUCUGUGGACCGCAGACUGUCUCCAUUAGACCUCUAGUAUUUUAAGAAAUAAUAGAGCAUUACAGCUUUCAUUUCAUGCCCCUGCAGAUUCCUACACCAAAAUUUUCACCUUUACUGUAGUUUUAUUUUAUUGUAAUUACCCUCAAAAUAGCUCCCAGACCUUUACACAUUACAGUAAUCUUUUACUCAGCACUAUUAGGCAGCCGUUUUCAUGAUGUUGUUUUCUAAAUUCUAUUAUCUCUGUGCAUUUUCUUCUGCCUGCAGCUCCCUGUUCAGCAAACACAUUUUUCUGUCACAGCAACAUGUGUAUCAACAACUCCCUGGUGUGCAAUGGGGUUCAGAACUGCGUCUACCCAUGGGAUGAAAACCACUGCAAAGGUGAGCGUCUCUUCUCCUGAUACUGUUUUAAGAAUUUGUAGUUUUUCAUGGUGUUUGUAUCUUUUCAUCUUUUUUUAAAAAUCUUUAUUCCUCUUCAGAGAAGCGAUCCAAGGGACUUUUUCAUCAGAUCACUAAGACCCAUGGCACCGUCAUAGGUGUCUCAUCGGGGAUAGUUCUGGUUCUUCUGAUCAUCUCUAUCCUGGUCCAGAUGAAGCAGCCAAGGAAAAAGGUAACUCAUCCUUUGUUGUCAACCUGUUGUUCAGCAGGGAGGCUGAUCGAUCCACAGGAAAAGUAGGGUUGGCUGCUUUCUAAUAACCUGCCUUCUCUCUUUGACUUUAUUUCUCACGAUGCCUAGUGGGCAAUUCUUACUCAAGAUUCAUUUACUAAUGGUUUGUCUAAUGAGGCUUCUGUAAUUAAACAAAUGAGUAUCUCUGAAUCCUUUGAUGGAUUUCUUCCAGUAUGACUGAUAAACAUUGUGCAAAAUGAUUGUCAUAGAAAUAAGUUGUAGCUCUAUUCUAAUGAUUGCACAAACAAAAACGCUUGGCAUGGGCACCAUACAAGCAGUUUUCACACUAUAAUUUGCCUUACAUGACAGUUUACUCUUUGUUCUCUGAGAUUUAAAUCAAAAUACAGUACUCUGAAAUCUUUAUUUAGGUCUUAAACUGUGAUUAACAGUUGGUUUGGCAACAUUAGCUGCAAUUUAAUCAGAUAAGAGGAAACCUUAUUGAUUCAGAUGUUGCUGCAUCACAGAGACAAAUCAAGUUAGGAAAUACAAAAAAACCCAGCAGAUAGAUAAAAUAAGAGGUAUAUAGAUGUUUUACACACAAGAAUAAAAAUUUAAAGGGACUUUUAUGGCUGGUAAGGGACAUGUCAUUUAGUAAAUGACACAUUAAAGUGGCAGUUUUAGGUAUAAAGUGACUCUGUAAUUUGAUAAGUAGCAAGUUCACACACCAGGUGAUGUUAACUUGUUAAAUUUUUAAAUGGAGAGUGGCAGCGCCCUCUAAAAAGAGAGUUGCGAAAUUUUCCAUUGCCUGAAAUAAAAAUUAGGAAUGCAGAAGUCACGUGCCUCAUGAGGAGCUCAGUAGUUUAGUGUUGGGAAUUAUGGCUCUUUUUAGUGAGCUAGAUCAUUUGGCUCAGCUCACCAAGAAUAGCCAGCUCUUUCAGCUCUCCAACGGCUCUUCAUUUUACCACUUAUACAUUUUCUAAUUCAGCCAAAUGUAGUAUUGUUUGGCUUAUGAUAUGUACGUAUGUGUACACUUACCUCUUAAACAAUUCAAUACAUCCUUUGUACUGAAGUAUUCACAAGUAAAAAUUACAUUUUAUAAUAUCAGAAAAUUGCUGUAGCCAAUUGUUUUUAUUGCAUUUAUAGACCCUUGUAACUCUUUGAAACCACCCAAUGAAUGCACUGACUUGCUUGUAGAACCACUCUGUUUACUGGGGGGGUUCUUUAGAUAAUAUUGUCAUGCUCUUAACUCUGCUCAAAAACAGAAAAAAAGUUUAUUGUAGUUCAUUAGUUUGAGGUUGUUUAGUGUCUUUAUUGCAGCCAUGCUCUCCAAGACUGAUUCAGCUGCAGUUGUUGAAUGUUAUGUUCCUUUAAAUGAUGUCAGCCUGUAUGUGGAGAGCCACUGAGGCCGCUGCUGCUACUGAAAAAAAUAUUUUUUUAUCAUUCUUAUGAACCUGUGUUUGCGGGCAGUGUGUGAACCCCCUCUAAAUAAACCCACCACGCAAUAGUGAUCUCACGUCCAUGCAUGACAGCAGAGAGAGACAUUUCUGAAGUCACUGUGAGUUUAUUUCCCAGUGUGCUUUAGCUUUUGACUUAAUCAUUUUAGUCUCCCCACUGUUUCCUAAUGGUAUAUUCAGACAUCACCAGUCUUAAGUCUUUUUAAGUAUCUGCUGCUGUAAACAUCCCAUUUUAUGGUGAAAGCACUCCAAUAACAUGCUAAGUGGAGACUUUUAUUGUGAAACCGUAAAUAAAAUGAGUUCAUCAUGGAAUCACUUGGGUUUUAAUGUAUGCUGAAUUUAGAGUUGUUUCCAAUGACACCUCAGAAAGAUAGACAUUUUCCAGCCUUACUCUGUCUCUCACAGAGUAGUGAACUUAUGCCCGCCCUUACUUCUGAGAUACAGCUGUUCAAAGUUGCCCUUCCUUUAUCCAGUUAUGUCACUAAUCAGUCUAAAAUAUUUUGCUGACACCACAUCAAAUAUCAGCAGGUAUUUUUCAUCAAGGCAGAUGCAUAAUGUAAUCUGCAUAAUAUCAGUUUUGACAGAGAACUAUUACUAUCAGCAGGUUAGAAUUUUCUGCAGAUAUAAUUAUCCAAUGGCGAUCCUUUAUCCUGUGCAUGUAUUGACAGCCUACUCAUGUUGGUUGCAGAACAGACACCACCUUGAUGUUCUUUACAAUGGAGUUGUAUGUCUGCAGUGAUAUCAGUACUAGCCAAAAUCAGUUUGAAAAUAUGUGCAUAUUAAAUAUCAGCAACAAUUCAGCUGCACCUAUUUGUUGGAGGUAGGAAUAAGUCACAAGCAAAUCAGUCAUAAGUCAUAACCCUCAAGUCACAAGCAAGUCCCAAGUCACCGUUUUGAGAAUCAAGCAAGUCAAGUUAUUGCUCAGGUCAAGCAAGUCACAAGUCGUCAUAUUAAAAUCUGAUCAUCUACAUCAAUUUUCACAUUUAAAUCAGUAAAGACAUUAUAUUACACACACACAAAUACAAACACAUCAAUAUCACACACACACGCACAAGUAGAAACACAUAAUUUCAAGUUACCAUUUGACCCAGCUAACAAGCCAUAAGUUACUUCACAUUUUUAUUUAGAAGACAAAUGCAUUAGGUAGCUUGUUGAGCUAUCUUGCUGUAGUGUUUGUAAACGUUAGCUAACAGCUAAAAGACACAUAUACAUAGCUUACCUUUUUUGCAGGGUUUCGUAGUGCUGGAUGAAGUUGGAUGUUGCGGUGCUCUUGUCACUUAUUUUACCGCUGUUCUCUUCUUCUUCAUAUCGACAGCAUAAUCCUUAACCCAAAUUGAAUUAUACUAGGUCUGGCUGCCUCCAUGACUGCUGUUCCUGUGGACCAGGACCUGUGUGACCUGUGGAUCACUGUUAGUUUGUGCAGCAUGCAGCAUGCAUUAUACUGUAGACAUUUGAAUUUAUAAUAAAUGUCUGAAGAUUAAUAAUAAUAAUAAUAAUAUAUUUUAUUUGUAUAGCGCUUUUACAGGAGUUCAAAGACACUUUACAAAAACAUAACAAAAAUACAAUGAGGCAAAGAUUAAUAUUAACAAGCUAACAAUAAGGUAAAAUCGAAUAAAAAGAAUAAAAGAAUACAAGUGGGAGGGGCAGAUGUGAGGGGUGGGAAUGUGGUGAGUCGGGGUGGGGGGGGUCAGGUAAUAAAAGCAAGUGUGAAAAGGUGGGUUUUGAGGGCAGAUUUGAAGCUGAUGAGGUCCGGGCAUUCACGGAUGUGUUUAGGGAGGGCAUUCCAGAGGGUGGGGGCAGAGACGCUGAAGGCCCGGUCCCCCAGAGUACGGUGCUUGAUUUUGGCUGGGGGUGAGGAGGUUUGUGUCCGCUGAGUGGAGGGGGGCGGUUCGGGGUCUGGCGGACAAUGAGGUCAGACAGGUGGAGGGGGGGGCAGGUCGUGGAGGGACUUAAAGGUGAGGAGGAGGAUCUUGAAUUGAAUUUGGUGGGCAACAGGAAGCCAGUGGAGUUGACAGAAGACGGGGGUGAUGUGGUCGUAUGGGCUGGUGCAGGUGAGAAGUCUGGCGGUGGAGUUCUGAGGAGGAUAGAGUGGUUGAUGGUGUCCAAAGCGGCAGACAGGUUCAGGAGGAGGAGGAUGGUUAGUUGGUUAGAGUCAGAGGUGAGCAGGAGGUCAUUUGUGUUUUUUAGCAGUGCUGUUAUUGUGCUGUGCUUGUGCUGUGCUUGUUGCGGAAUCCUGAUUGGAACGGUUCGAGCAGGUUGUUGGAUUGGAGGUGGGCUGUGAGUUGUGAGGCGACGGCACGUUCUAAGAUCUUUGACAGGAAUGGUAGAUUGGAAAUGGGGCGAAAUUGCUGGGACAGUUGGGGUCAAGGCCGGGUUUUUUCAGGAUCGGGCAAGGCAGUGGUAGAUGGAGUGGACUUUAUCUUGGAAGUAUUUGAGGAAGGUGUUGCAUUUGCUGGUGGUGAAUGAUGAGGAGAUAGGAUCCUGGGGUUUGAGCAGACGGUUGACUGUGGAGAAUAGGGAUCUGGGAUUGCUGGAGGCGGCGUGGAUGAUGUUGGAGUAGUGGGAGGUCCGGGCAGUGUUUAGGGCGUUGUUGUAUUUGUGGAUGUAGUCGGUGAGGGUGUGGAGGUGGACAGUGAGACCAGUAUUCUUGUGGAGGCAUUUGAGUUGGUGUUUUGUUCUGUUCAUAUCCCUGAGCUCAGGGGUGUACCAGGGGGCAAGGCAAUGGAAGGAGACAGUUCUCAGGUGGAUGGGUGCAAUAUUGUCGAGGCAGGACGGGAGGGUGGAGUUGUACAGCUUGAUAAUCUUAAAUUAUGACAUUCAUGCACUUGUUGAAGGGGCACCACCCACCUUUAAUGGUGGGGAAAUUUAAGAAAAACAAAAGUUUAAUUCAGAAAUCAAACAUUAAGUUAAUCUCAAAUUUAUCAAUCUUAUAUCUCAAGCCGAAAUUCUCAUUUCAGGGACUCCACUUCUGGAAGAACACUAACAAACAGGAACUUAGAAAAUAAUGAUCUGUUUAUCACAGGAUAAAUGAUGGUACAACAUACAUGCAAUAAAUGAUGAUAAGAUAAUGAGUAUAAAUAAUAAUAGGUAAACAAUAAAAGAUUCUGAGUCAGGCUAGGAUCACUAAAGUUAAUGAUAGUGAGUGAAUAUGCUCUAACAUAUUAACCUACAUUACCCUGCGGUAAAGCUAAAUUUGGACGUGGAUUUUGAGGAAUCUAGGCUUACUAGAAUAACAUCUGAGUCAUGACCAGAUCAGACACCAUCAGCCCUGUUUGGAGCUCUGGAGGUUUGCAUACUUAAGUGAGACUGGUCCUUGGAGACGAUGGAGCAGGUACCGAAGGUCCGGGGCUAACAGCAGUUCAAGAGGUUCUGCUCAGAUGACGACCAAAGUCAGUCAAAAGAUGGGCCAGGAGAUGCAGCACUUGGGCCCGAGCCAAAACCAGCGCUGUAUGUGUCCUUUGGAUGCUCCUUUGGUCUCAUUCAAAACUCUGGCACAGAGGAUGACUUUGGGCCUGCUCGGUGGCAUUCAGAAGUGACUUUGAAAUCACGCAGAUAACUCAGAAAAAAGAUGCUUGAUGGCCAGUCGAAACUAUUUCAAACAUGGCUUUGCGAAAUUAAAGAAAAAUCAGUUAAAGACUUAAUCUUGGAUUGCUAUGUGCACAAAAAGUUAAAGUUUCAAAACUUGAACUAAGACGAUGUUUAAGAAAAAUCAACAUGAAUGAACACGUGGCGCAAAACUUAAAAGUCUUGCAGUCCAAGAAAAAGUGACUAAGAGCUCUGGCCGAGGUCUGGAGGUUAGUGUCCUGCUCCUCAGACCUUUCCUUAGGGUCUGUUUGUUCACACACUUGAAGACGGUAAAUCUCAAAUGGGAGACCUCAGUUGAGGCAUUAAUGUUUAUUUGUCAGGAGUGGAGUCAGUUUGAAAGGUAAUAAAAACUCUGUCUCUGUUCUCUGAAUUGACCAAUCAUGAAGAGCCAGAGGUUUCGGUCAACCUCCGGUUGGGUCAGUUAGGUAACCUGAAAGUCCACACAAGUCUGGAAAGAUUUAUAUUAUCCUGUGUCCUGGGACCAGAUAAGGGACCUUUCCUGCAAGGAAUGCGUGAGUUUCACACUCAGGGUUUUCUUGGUGCUACAAUACUGUAGAAGCAAUUGCCCAAUUGUGCUUUAAAAUAAAACAUAAUUUCUAACGUAAUCUUAAAAAAAUAUGUAUGAUAUAAAUAAGUAUGUAAAUCAAAAAAGUCGAGUCAUGUGGCUCGAGUCCCCAACCUCUGCUAUUUGCAAACCAUAAAAAAACAGUUUUUAUCCACAUUGAACACCUCAUCAUAACAUUUUUGGAGUAAAGAUUUAAAAGCCUAAAUUCUGUGAGGGUCCAGUUUACAAUGGAUUCAGCCAGUUUGAUUUCUUCAUGGGUUGUUGUUUGUCUGAUUUGUGUACUAUAGUAGUUGUGACAAGCACUGGCCCAGCAGUGUCAUAUUACCUCACCAAGAAUAGUACAGACAAAAACGGUAAUCUGGUGGGAAGUCUCUGCUUGUCCCAUAACAGGAGGCUGAGAAAAGGGUUUUGAGGUCCCUAAAGAAGCAUGUUUAUUGUUAUAAUUAUUCAUUAGUUUUUCACCCAGCAGAAUAGCUGUUUGGUGUCUGUGUUUUUUAUGUUUCUACACUACGGUGUUUGUGGUGUGGUUAAUGGGUUUCUAUGUUUUUGUACUCUUUUUCCAGUGUUCCUAUGGGCUUUGUAUGUUUUAGGUAGUCCACUCUUAUUUUAUUUCUGCUAUUUUAAUCCACUGCGCUACACUUAGGUGAGUUUUUUUUUUUUAAUAUGUGCCACAGAAAUAAAACGGAUCGGAUUUUAUUUUCAGAUUAUUUUCAGACCUGUUUGCCAUUUUCUCCUGAUAUUUCAUAACAAAAUAAAGAGCUUGACUUUUGAUCUUCUAAGUUUUACCAUCUAACUGGAUUUUUUUUUUUUUUAGGUUGUUGCCCGCCGACCUGGUGUUUUCAACAAGGCGGGCUUCCAAGAGGUCUUUGACCCACCACACUACGAGCUCUUCUCACUUCGUGAUAAGGAGAUUUCUUCAGAUUUAGCUGAUCUUUCUGAGGAACUGGACAGCUUCCACAAGCUGCGGCGCUCCUCCACGAUGUCCCGCUGCAUCCACGAGCACCACUGUGGCUCCCAGGCCUCUGUGGCUACAGGUGGUGGCAGCAUGAAGCACAGCCGCACCACCCUAAGCUCCAUGGAGCUGUCCUAUCACAACGACUUCUCCAAGCCCCCACCUAUGAAGACCUUCAACUCCACAGCCAGCUACAAGAAGAGCUGCUAUGGCUACAAGCAGCACUCACAGACUCACGACUGUGACCAACAGGUCAUUGAGGACCGCGUCACAGAGGAGAUCCCCAGUGAGAUCUACGGCCGUGGUGGGGGAGGAGCAGGAGGAGCCACGGGCGGAGGAGCAAUGGGAAUGGGAGGACCAUCAGGGAUUGCAGGAGGAGGGAUCGGGGGAUCUGUAGGGAUAGCAGGAGGAGUGGCAAUGUCAGGAGGAAUGGGGAUAGCAGGAGGAGUGAGCAUGGCAGGGCCAAGCGGCAUUGCUGGAGGUAUCGGUCCUGGGAUGCCUGGAGUCUGUGGAACCCUCAGUAUUCGUGGCAACAGCACUCGUAACAGUACCACCAUUGUUGACCCACAGCAGCGCUCCAUGUCCAUGGACUUCUAG